AUGGCUGAGAAUCACCGCCGCGAGGAUGUUCAGAUCAUUGAACGACGGCCUCUCCACUGCGCCGACCACACGUCAGCGGCCAGCCUCGAGUCAGACUGGCCAUUAGGCCCCAUGGACCACCUUGUCUUCCCUUCCGUUCCCAUCGAAGUGGUAUUCGUCUAUGAAAACCCACAUGCGAAUUCGGCCUUGCCGUCGUCUCCCCUCGACGAGCUUCUUCCAAUCCCCAAGCUGGAGCAAGCGCUUUCUCGGCUCCUGGACUACUAUCCGCACCUGACCGGUCGUCUGCACUUCCACCCCGAUAGCAGAGCAGCCGGCAUCUCUCGCCUCGGCACUGGUGCCGAGCUGUUUGUGGCGGACUGUGCCCUGCGGCUCGAGGAUCUCGCCUCCCCGGGUCGAGGCCAUGGCCGGAUUCUGAUGCCGAGCUUGCCGGACUGUGGGAAUGCUCUGACACCCCCCUUUGACCCUACCCUUGAGGGCGUCUGCCGUGAUCCUAUCUUCGCCGUGCAGCGUACGCGGUUUGCUUGCGGCGGCGUCGCGCUCGGAGUCCGCCUGCACCACAUCGUCUGCGAUGCCUCCGGGUUUUUCCAACUGGUCCGACACCUCGCCGAGAUCUACCGCAAGCUGGUGAGUGCGCAAGGACCGGUCCUCCUCUCCUCUCCGCCCGAGAUCCGUUCGUUCCUGCGGGAUCCCGCGCUCCUGUCCGGUGCGGAGCGGCAGGCCGCGAGCGCGUUCCGACCGUCCAUAUUCUACUUGGACGAGAGCAACGGUGCUAACGGGGCCGGGGAUCCAGGUCCGAAGGCCGAAGCGUUCAAGGCCGGUCCCAUCGGUCCGAUGCCGACGGGACGCGUCACUGGCCGGGUGUUGCGCUUCACGGGCCCUCAACUGCAGGCGCUGAAGGAGCGGGCGACGGAUCCUAGGGGCACCACCGGCUGGGUCUCGACCUUUGAGGCCCUGUCCGCAUAUCUCUACCAGCGGGUCUAUCGGGCGCGAGUGCAGCUGAUGCACGACCGCGGUGGGGUUCCGGCCUCCAAGAUCCCUGCCUGCCUGUCUCGCGGCUUCUGGGGCUCCAUCGACCUCCGAGGCCCCACGCGUCUCAACCGCCUGCCAGAGCACUACUUCCCCAAUGCGGUGGCGCCGCUCAUCCUCUCCGACCCGUCGCAUGAAUUGCUCCUGGACGGCCCGCUGUGGCAGGUCGCGGCCGCCCUCCAUGCCGUGGUGCGGUCGUUCGACCCACGCCGGAUGGAGGAGGAGCUCAAAUGGAUUGCCGUGCAGCCCGACAAGAGCCGAAUCAAGGUCCGAUUCACCUUCGAUGGGGGCAACUUCACCGUCAGCCAAUGGAGUAAGCACAGCAUGUACUGUGGGAUGAAUUUCGAGGCUGAUGAGGGCGGCAAUUCGCUCGCGCCCGUGCUGGUCUCCCCCCCGUUGACCGAAAUCUCUCGCGUGGAUGGUCUGGCAGUCAUCCUGUCGACGGAGGAACAGCUGCACCCACCAACUCAGCAUGAGGGGUCCCGGCAGCGUUCCCCGCCCUCGUUGGAUGUCAAUCUGACUCUCAUGGAGCACCUGUGGCCAAUUCUUGCUGCGGAUGAGCAAUUCCGGCAGUAUUGUUGCUGA